CAUUCACUUCUCCUCAUUUAUCCACUCCUGCAUUGUCGGACUUCAACCAUUCUUCUUCUUCCUCCUUCAGUCACUUCUACCUCUUUCUCUUGUGUCAGCCAACCUUCGUCCUUCUCUCCCCUUCUCUCCCUCUACAUCCAUUUUCCUCCCACGCCUCCAAUAAUUAAUCCACCACCAUGGCCGAGUCUCAGCGCCGUCCCCGUGUUUACUUCGACAUCCAGAUCGGGGAGCAGAAGGCCGGUCGCAUUGCUCUCGAACUGUUCAACGAUGUUGUUCCUAAGACUGCGGAGAACUUCCGCGCUCUCUCCACAGGCGAGAAGGGCGUGGGCAAACAGGGCAAGCCCUUGAGCUUCAAGGGUUCCAUCUUCCACCGCGUGAUCAAGCAGUUUAUGAUCCAGGGUGGUGACUUCACUGCAUUCAACGGCACGGGCGGCGAAUCCAUCUACGGCGAGAAGUUCCCCGACGAGAACUUCGAUCUCAAGCAUGAUCGGCCUUUCCUCCUCUCCAUGGCCAACUCCGGUCCCGGCACCAACGGCAGUCAGUUCUUCAUUACCACCGUUCCCACCCCUCACCUCGACGGCAAGCACGUCGUCUUCGGCGAGGUGAUCAACGGAAAGAGCGUCGUUCGCAAGAUCGAGAACAUGCCCACCCAGGCAGACAAGCCCGCCACGGACGUGACUAUCGUUGACUGCGGCGAGCUCACCGGCCAGGAGUACGAGGAUGCCGAUAAGCAGAUCCCCGAUACCACUGGUGACCCUUACGAGGACUUCCCUGACGACCACCAGGGCGAGCAGCUGAGUGCCCCUGUGUGCUUCAAGAUCGCCUCCGAGUUGAAGAACUUCGGAAACACCGCCUUCAAGAGCGGUAACAUCGCUCUCGGUCUCGAGAAGUACCAGAAGGGUCUGCGCUAUCUGAACGAGUUCCCCGAGCCCGACGAGCAGGACCCCAAGGAGCUGGGCCCUCAGAUGAAGGCCCUUCGCUUCACCCUCCACUCUAACUCUUCCCUCCUGGCGAAUAAGCUCGGCCAGUUCAAGAACGCCCAGACUUGGGCUACUUACGCUCUCGAUGCGGCUGCUGCCGCCGAAGCCAAGGAUGCUGAUAAGGCCAAGGCGUACUACCGCCGUGCCGUCGCCCUCAGCGGCCUGAAGGAGGAGGAUGAGGCGCUGAAGGAUCUCCAGGAGGCCGACCGUCUGGCCCCUGGUGACGCCGGUAUCACCAACGAGAUUGCCAACGUGAAGAAGGCUCUUAAGGGCCGUCUGGCUAAGGAACGCGCCGCCGCUCAGAGAUUCUUUUCAUGAGAGCUGAGACGUCGUGGCCAUUCGGCAUGAUUCAUGAGUUCAUGAUUUAGCAUCACAUUUUGCUACUUGCACUUACAAAAAGUGACACAAUCUACCUUACCACCUCACAUACCUAGUUUAAUCGCUCCGGCUGUUCUACAUUCUUCUACUCGCAUGGGCCGCGUGUUUUCACCACACCCCAUACAAUCUCCCCCAAAGCCGACCCUGAGAAGUUCGUAGCCCGUCGGCCAAAGGCAUCUUUACACGUUGCUGCUUGCCUCUUCGCUGAAAGAAGUCAACUGUGGUUUUACUUCCUGGUUGCUAGAGACCUGUUGAAUUAUCAAAAAAACCCACAAAACCACCUUUCGAUAAGCGUAGG